AGCCGGAAGCGAGUCGCCGUCCGUUUGCGUUUUUGUUCGCGGCGGCCGUCGUCGUCGUCGUCGUCGUCGUUCGUCGUCGCGAUGGUGCUGGCGUUCGUCAUCCACACCGUGUGCCCGAUCGGCGCGCUCUCGUCCGGGGAGUGCAGGGUGCUGUACUCGCGCGUCUUCGGCGCGGACGAGGCGCUCUUCCGGGGCGAGCAGCAGCAGCAGCAGCAGCGGCUCGACGCCGGGGAGAGGCGACUGUUGGCGGCCGAGAAGAUCGCUGUGGUGGCCCGGCAGGUCCAAAGCGCCGUCUCGCUGCGCCGGGAAGCCUCGGGGCGGCCCCCGGGCGAGACGCCGCCCGGCGAGGAAGCCCUCGCCCUGCAGGAGGCCGACGGCGGGGUGCUGAGGCUGCGCGACGGGGACCCCUUCUGGCGGGAGGUCAGCGCCUUUUGGCUGGCCGUCAACUCGUUGGCCCUGGUCUUGCUGUGCGAGCCCCACGAGAACCCGAUGUUGGCCGAGGCGACGCUGCGGAACUUGGCCGGGCGCUGCCUGGACCGCCUCCACAUGUUGGCACCGGGCAGCGAGGUGUUGCUGAAGGGCAGCCGCGUGGACGUUUUGCUGAGUCGUCUCCUUCCCCACGGCCAGCUCCUCUUCCUCAACCACCGCUUCGCUCAGAGUCUGGAGAAGGACGUGGCCGCCAACGUCAACAAGUGACCGCCGGCGGACCGUCACAAUUCCGCUCGCGCCGGAUAGCCGUUAGCCACGGCGGAGGCUAAACGCGCUCCCUGUGGAUCGGCUGAGCAGGAGACUUUUGCGGGUACGCCAAAGGCCCAAAAGACCAUCGUCGCGAUCAUCUCGUUUUCAUGUUUGACGUAGCAACAAGAUGACAUUUGCUCACCCGAGUGUAUUGCGAUUGAAUUAUUUUUCCCUCGCAACAACUGCAGAAUCGCUUCACAUCUUUAGAUGUUUACUUCAAAGAUCUAUGUGGCCGUCAAGGACACUUUAUUUUUCAUAAGACAACUGCGACAUCGUUCCAAGUGUCCAUAAAUCCAUCGAUCCGGCUACGCCGGUGUUGCCUUCAGGGACAGUCUGAAAUUGUUUGUGGCCCCAACAGAGACACACACAGAACAACUGUGAGAUUGUUCAUGUCUCGUUCAAUACAUGGAGCCAUCCAUCUUGGCUGAUGUUGUCUUCACGGGGACUCAGACACCCCCCCCCCCCCCGUCCUCUUUCGCGAAAGCAGUGCAGGAAAAGGAACCAUACGGAUCAGUUCAGGGGUUGGCCACUUGAGGGCAGUAUGUCGCCAU